AUGAUCAUCCGAGUUGGAAUGACGAGUAACGGAUCCAACCCCACAUAUAACACGAGAAAGGUACAGUAUACGCGCGAUUCGCAUGGGGCCGACCGUCGUCCGCCCGAGAAGAAAGAUAAAGAACUGUCCAAUCAGGCAAACCGUGUACUUCUCCCAGGCCAAGGAGGGAAAGAGAACUGUCGAGAUGACGAGGUAGCAGAUCAAACCUUACACGGACUUGGAACGCGAAAAAGCCACGAAUUAUAUUCAGACCGUUACCAGUACAGAAAGGCGAACCUUAACGGAGGGCUGAUCCUAUCAAAAAGGCGGCGGCGCAUCCCAAGAUUAAGGAACAAAGAGAUGAAGAACGCAUGUAUGCAACGAGGUCAAGAUCCGACAAAGAGCGCAGCAUGGGGUGAGGUUGCCAGCAAGACACACGUCGGCGGAGUCGGAUACGAGCCUUUAAAUUGA